AACAGCUGAUUUUAUGACGUUUAAGAAGUUGUUUAAUUUUUACCGAAAGUAAAUAAAAAUGAACUGUUGUAAAGUGUUGUAAUUACAGUUUUACAAUCUGGCAUUUUAUUGCCAUAUGAUUUAGUAAGAUUCCGUAAAAUUUUCUAAAUCGUGGCACUGUUUUAUUUCAAAUAGCAUGGAGGGUGUAUUGUGGAAGUGGACAAAUUAUUGGAAUGGCUGGCAAACUCGAUGGUUUAUUCUUGAAAAUGGGGUUCUGAGCUAUUACAAAUCUCAAGAAGAGGUAAACCAAGGUUGUAAAGGCUCUAUGAAAGUUCAAGCUUGUGAAAUCAAUGUAAGUCCAAUAGAUCAUACUCGUAUGGAUUUAGUGAUACCAGGCGAACAACACAUGUACCUUCGGGCAGCGACUUCUCAAGAAAGACAACAAUGGUUGGUGGCUCUAGGUACCGCAAAAGCUUGUGUCCAUAACAGAAAAGGCAAAGAAAACUUAAAAAAUCCGGAUUCUCUGAAAACCAAAAAGUCUGAACUGAAACUAUAUUGUGAUCUCUUAAUGCAACAGGUGCAUGUUAUAAAGAACUCGGCACAAGAUAGAGAGGGGCCUAAAAUCGAGGAAAUGGAUGAGGCUACAAGAUUACUAGGAGCAACCUGUGACACUUUUAUAAAGACACUAGAUGAAUGUAUGAAGCUAUCAGCUAAUGCUGUGUUCAAUACAGCUAUUAGUAAUGAGGCUACAGUACCCCCAUCUGUAAACAAAAAGGUAUUAAAUCGUUCGAAUUCUGGCAAACCAUAACCUUAACUGUAUAUUAGAAUUCAUGGCCUUGAUGUUGAAUAUUUUCUGUGUAAUAUCUGAAUAUCUGGAAUUACUUUUAUAUAUUAUUAUGUUAGAUUGUAAAUAAUUUAUCUUAUUCUUAACGAAUUACUUUUUAAAAUAUUUAUAUACCUAUUUUAUGCAUUUGUUUGAAAAAUGCACUACUUUAAAAAAAGACAAACUUAAUUAUAUUACAAAUAAAAUUGUGUGUAUUUUGUAUUCUUAUUUUUUUUUCUAGUCUAUUAUUGUAUUGUCUGUUGUAUUCUUCUAUAUUAAGGGAACAAUAUCUUUUAUUUUAUAUAUAGUUUUUAUUGCAUUUUAUAUAAUGUAUGUAUAUUGAGUAGUACCGAUGAAAACAUUUAAUUGGCUGCCAAAAAAUGUUUAA